AUGGCUGCUGUGCCGUCAGAUCCUCCAGCUGUGGCCACCACCACCACCACCACCGAUCCGGCUCCAACGAACGGCGAUGCCAAGAAUGCAUCCGACUCCACGGAGACAGCUACCCACGUCACGGAGCCAAACGUUACAACAACAACAGCAACGGAGGAGUUGAAGGCGGCUUCGGAGCCUAAGGCCACAGAGGACACAAACGGACUGUCUUCGUCGAAUGGUCACGAUGCGACGGGGGACGAACCGAAGCCUAGUCUACCUCCUCGGCCGGCAUCAAUAGAUGCCAGGGAGGGGCUGCCGCCCACCGACCAGUCUGUACAACAACCACCCAAUACCGCCACGACAACGAGCACAAGGUCGCCAAGGACCUCUACGACCCAAGGCGCCGACACGGCAGCGACCUCGAUAGAAAUCGACAACACCAAACCCGCCGACUUUGAGGGCGAAAUUUCCACCAACAACGACCUACCAACGCCCCAGAUUCUGAAGAAGAUCGAGAACUACGUAGUGCUAGACCGUCAUGGAAAGAGCCAUACAUUUAAGAGCUUAUACACUGGUCGCAAUGUCGCGAGGCGAGUCCUCGUCAUCUUCAUCCGCCACUUCUUCUGCGGCGAAUUCCUACGAUCUCUCUCGGAAUCGAUAACCCCCGACGCCCUAUUGGGUCUUCCCAUGAGCACAUUCAUUACCGUCGUCGGCUGCGGCAACCCUGGCCUGAUCGAAAUGUACCUCCAUGAGACGGGCUGCCCCUUCCCCGUCUACACCGAUCCCACGCGACGUCUCUUCGACACCUUGGGCAUGACGCGCACCCUUGCGCUAGGAGCUCGACCGGCCUACAUGCGCAAAUCCAUGCUCAAAUCAGCCGCCGAGAGCGUAUUCCAGGGGCUGAAGCAGGUCAAGAGCGGUCUGGCCACAAAAUCUGGCGACCACAGACAAGUCGGCGGCGAGUUCCUCUUUGAACCCCUCGAGCUCGUCACCCCCGUUUCGACACCAUACGCCGAGCGGCAGAUCGAGGAAGCCAUGACGUCCAAGAAGAAUAGCAUCGACAACAAGGAGGGCAUCGACGGAGAGGGCGGCGACGACUUUGAGCCGGAGGAGAAGAGAGUGACGUGGUGCCACCGCAUGCGCUCCACGCGAGACCAUGCCGAAAUACCCGAGUUGAUGGAAAUUCUCGGACUAAACGGGUCCGGAAAGCCUCCCGCUCAUGAGAACAAGAGGUGGUCCAGGGCGCUAGAGACGAGGAAGGGGACUGGGUUGAGCAUGGCUAGCCAGAUGAGCAAGUUGAGCGAGCAGGAGCGAGCAUAG